AAAAGCCUUUUUUUCCUACACUUUCUUCCAUGCUUUCUUAAAGAUUAUCUAAUUUCUACUUCUAUUACUUUCGAUCCUCUUGUACUUUUCAAACUAUGUCUACCAUUAUCCAAGAAAACAUAGAGUGCAACAAGUCUUUAUGUCAUGUACCUAACACCCCUAGUGCAGCUAACAAGAGAUGGCGCUCGGCUUUUGUUUACAUCUAUUACAAUAGGUUCAAAAUUGACCAAACAAGUCUCACCGAGCUUGUGAAAGAGAGAAAUGUUGACAAGCUCCAAAAUAUUGGAGGGGUUGAUGGAGUAGCAUCCAUGCUUGAAACCAAUGUUGAAUUUGGGAUUCAUGGCAAUGAUGAAGACAUUACUCGCCGACGUGAGUCAUUUGGCUCAAACUCGUAUAAAAGACCACAAAGAAAGAGCUUAUUCCACUUUGUAGUAAAAGAGUUCAAGGAUCUUACCAUUAUCAUAAGCUUACUUAGUGCUGUACCAUGUCUUGCGUUUGACAUGAUGGACAAUGAAACACUAGCAGGAAGGGACGAAGAUGAAAGCCUAAUUGCUGCUUUAUUUCUUGUUGUGAUUUCUGCCAUAAGUAACUUUUGGCAAAGCAAACAAUUCCAGAAGUUAUCCGAACUCUGCAACAAUAUCCAAAUUAAAGUUGUGAGAGCUAGGCUGCAUCAAAAGGUCUCAAUCUCAGAACUUGUAGUUGGAGAUGUCGUUUGCUUAAAGAUUGGAGAUCAAGUUCCAGCAGAUGGUCUAUUCUUAGAAGGGCACUCUUUAAAAGUGGAGGAACCCAGUAUCACACAGGACGAAAGUGAUCACGUAGAAGUAAAUUGCCAUCAUCCAUUUUUGUUUUCUGGUACUAAGGUGGUUGAUGGCUAUGCUCGAAUGCUUGUCACUUCGGUUGGGAAGAACACAACAUGGGGCGAGUUGAUGAGCUCAAUCAUUCAUGAUACCAAUGAAUUACAAACACCUUUACAAGUUCGGCUCAACAAGCUCACUUCAUCAAUUCGUAAGGUUGGUUUGGCAAUUGCUCUCCUAGCUCUUGUAGUCUUGUUGGUUCGACACUUCACAGGGAAUAUAGCAGAUGAAUGUGUAAUUGGAAAAUUUCAUGGCAGCAAGAAAAAGUUUUGUGACAUGGUGAAAGCUAUGCGAAUUUUAGCUACUGCAACUACUAUAGUUGAACUUGUGAUUCCAAAAGGGUUUUCUUUGGCUGUGAAGCGUACACAUGUUUAUGCCAUGAAAAAAAUGAUGCUUGAUCAGGCAAUGGUACGGAAGCUUUCUGCCCUUGAGACCAUGGGUUUUGCCACCACCAUUUGUACUGACAUAGCAGGCAGUCUCACCUUGAAUCAAAUGAAGGUGACAAAGUUUUGGCUAGGGAAGGAAUCUUUUGAUGCAGCUGCUUAUUCAUCAAUUGCUCCGUAUUUUCUUGAAUUAGUCCAGGAAGGAGUUGCUAUGAACACAAUUGGUACUUCUUACAGGCCUAGUUCAAGAUUCGAAAUUGAGUUCUUAAGCAAUCCAACAGAAAAAGCCAUUCUUUCAUGGGCUAUUCUAGAGUUAAAUAUGGAAAUGGAGCAAUUGAUGCACAAUUGUAAAAUUCUUUCUGUUGAAGCAUUCAAUUCACACAUGAAACGAAGUGGGGUUCUACUAAGGAGAAUGGGAGACAGCACAAUCCAUGUACAUUGGAAAGGAGCUGCAGAAAUAAUACUGAAAAUGUGUUCAAGAUACAAUGAUUCUUCUGGAAUUAUGAAGGAGCUAGAUGAUCAUGAAAGGAUGAAAUUUGAGCAAAUUAUUCAGGGUAUGGAAGCUAGUAGCCUCCAAUGUGUUGCUUUUGCACAUAAGCAACUCUCAAAAGAAGAUCAAGAAUAUGACACAAAAAAUAAAAAAAUAGAAGAAGAAGGUUUGACACUAUUAGGGUUGGUGGGACUUAAAGACCCAUGUUGUCUAGGGGUGAGGAAUGCCGUGGAAGAUUGCCAAUAUGCAGGUGUAAAUAUCAAAAUGAUCACUGGAGACAAUGUUUUCAUAGCAAGAGCUAUUGCCACUGAAUGUGGGAUACUCAGGCCAGGUCAGGAUAUGGUCAAUGGAGUAGUUAUUGAAGGCAUGGAAUUCAGAAACUACACACCAGAGGAGAGAAUGGAGAAAGUUGAUAAAAUUUGUGUCAUGGCUAAAGCAUCCCCCACGGAUAAAAGUCUAAUGGUGGAAUGCUUGAAACAAAAAGGUCAUAUAGUUGCAGUCAUUGGAGGUGGCAUAAAUGAUGCACCAGCAUUGAAAGAAGCUGAUAUAGGACUUUCUAUGGGAAUUCAUGGCACGAAGGUGGUGAAGUUGAGCUCAGAUAUCGUCAUUUUGGAUGACAACUUUGCUUCUAUGGCCAAAGUUUUAAGGUGGGGAAGAUGUGUCCACAAAAACAUCCAGAAGUUCAUUCAGUUUCAACUCACUGUGAAUGUUACUGCUAUCAUUGUUAACUUUGUGGCAUUCAUUUUUGUUAAUGAAGGACCAUUAACAGGGGUCCAGUUAUUAUGGGUGAACCUAAUUACACAUAACUUGGUUGCUUUAGCUCUUGCAAUUGAGCAACCUACAAAGACAUUGAUGGAAAAGCUACCAGUGGGUUGGACUAUGCCACUUAUUACCAACAAUAUGUGGAGAAACCUCUUAGCCCAAGCUUUAUAUCAGACCGUGGUCAUCCUAACCUUAGAAUUGAAAGGACGAUUAAUAUUCAAUGUGUGUGAGAAGGUGAAGGAUACCUUGAUCUUCAAUACUUUUGUCCUUUGCCAAGUCUUCAAUCAACUCAAUGCAAGAAAGCUUAUGGAGAAGAACAUCUUCAAAGGGAUCCAUCGCAACAAUUUGUUUUUUAGUAUCAUUGCCACAACCAUAGUCCUUCAGGUGGUCAUGGUAGAAUAUUUGAAGUGGAUUGAAGAUACAAAAGGUUUGAAUUGGUGGGAAUGGGCUGCAUGUAUUGGAAUGGCAAUAGUGUCUUGGCUAGUUGGUUGGAUUGUCAAGAGGAUACCUGUUCCACAAAAGCCAUUUCUUAGCUACCUAAAAAAUUAA